AUGGGUGAUGUGACAACAGAGUUUCACAUGGGAAAAGCAGUGUGGUUAAAAGGACUAAAAGACCAACCCCAAAAAGAUAAAUUUAUCCAUUUCUACUAUGCCCUGGACCAAGAUGGUAAAUACAGAUCAAUAGCAUCAAAUGGUGAAAGCUAUGGGGAGUUGUAUGUUAGGGAAAUUCGUUAA